AAAAACCUCAGAUGUCUCAAGCUUUGCAAAAGAAGGUCUCCAUGCAGACAUAUUUCCCGCUAAAUUAGGACUGGCCUGUCCUUACAUUGGAAUGGAAAGGGGAAAGUUCCUACGAGCUAUUUUUGCCUUAUCAUGGCUCGGUUUAUCCGAAGCACAGAGCGCACCUGGACCAGGUGUGUUCUGCCUCAGAUGGACUCCCGCCGACGGACACGCGCUCCUCACGUUUCUGCGCCAGGACGCCGCUGGUGUGCGCUCCUUAUAUGUCACCAAGUGGUUUGAUGACCUGCGUCUUGCAGCGUGCGAAAUCAAUUCAAAUCCAGAUGUUACCGAAGAAUAUCACACCCGUUGCGACAGAAAAGAGAGCUGGGAUCAAGAAAUUGUCCAGAAGUUUGAGAUCAGUCCGCUGCUGUCUCCGGAUGCUCCGUGCGCACUUGUACCCCCCGGGGCCGCGCAGCUCAGUGGGCUCACAAGGAGUGAUGAGACGGAGAGCAGAACCCGGAGGAAGCGCUCCUGGAUCUUUCCAGGAACGCUGUGGUGUGGAACUGGAAGCAAAGCGGCUGGAUACGAACAGCUGGGCAUGUUUGAGAAAGCCGAUAAGUGCUGCCGUGAACACGACCACUGCUCAGACAUCAUCCCAGCUUUCACGGUGAAUUAUGGAGUCUUCAACCCCAACUUCUUUACAGUCUCACACUGCGAGUGUGACCACAGGUUUCGACAGUGCCUUUUGGGCAUGAAUGACAGCAUUUCAAGUAUGGUGGGCUACAGCUUCUUCAACAUCCUGAAGGUUCCCUGCUUUGAGCUGAAGCAGCUGAAGCGUUGCACACAGUUGUACUGGUGGGGAAUGUGCAAAAAGGCUGGAGAGGCUCCAUAUGCCGUUUUCAAAAGCCCGUUGCCUUACAACAGCUCCGAUGUCGCAGGCAAACGUGUUCAUACUGACAGCAAGAAUCUAACAAGCAGUGAUGAACAGCAUUUCUCUACGAGGCCUGUGUCAAAGUCCCAGAGGACGUCAACAAAAUCAAAAAACAGAUGUGGCCUCGGAGACCCACCCAGAGGAGAUACCUUUCACCACAAAACGACAAAGGGGAGGGGAUGCAAAAGGCACAAGGAGCUCUCUGAAGAAGGACCUUCACAAACGCCCAGAACUUCCACAGAUAUGUCUAACUCUAAAAUUAAGACUCUAAAGAGAGGUAGAAAGAAGAAGAAUAGGAGAAAAGACUUUUCUGGUCUUCCACAGAAAAGCAGCAUUCCAGCAACCAUCCCCACAACCGCCUCUGUACAAACGUCGUCUACAGCAAUACCUUCAAGUAUCCCAGCUUCAACACGGAGGCAGAACCGUCAGAAAGACCCAGCAAAAGUCAAAGGAGUGACAAAACAGGCGAAAAAUGAACAGAAAGCCCAAAAACAGAGUAAAUGCUGUGGGUCCGACAUGGCUGUGUGGAGGAACACUCCCCGGCUGCACUGCAGACGCUGUUUGAAACCAACUGGAAGCCCCAUAACAACCGUUAGACCGACGGAAACAUACACAGAUCGAUUUCCAGUCAAUCACAAGACAAUGCGUUUGAAAACUAAAACAGGAACACCCAGCCAGGAAUCUCCAGCAGCCUUUUGGAGUGCAGCUACUUUUGCAACAACCACUACAAGAGAACAAAAGAGGACAGCCUCUCUUCAUGAAAAGCACAAACCACAAAAGCAGUUGGAUUUCCAUCUAUUGUGGAAGCAGGCUGGUCAGCAGCCCUUGGGUCGUGCUACCACCCAAAGGAUCCAUGCAGAGAACAGCCUGGUAAAAAAACACGAGAAGCCAAAUAUGACAGCAGAUAAUGAGCUCCGGUGUCGAAGCCUGAAACAUCUGGAUGACUGUGAAUUUAAAAUUCCUCCUUUAGAGAAGAAAUAUAAUCUGACAAACAAGGACUCCAAGACCGCCUAUCACUGUGGCUGCACAAGCCGUUUGGCCGACCGGAUCAUAAGUUUAAAGGAAGCAGCUCCUCCUCGCUCUCUCCUGGUGGAAUUUGUCUCUCAAGACUGCUUUACUCUUUCAAAGGGGAAAGAGUGUAAUCGCACAAAAAGAUGUUCUGGAGGCUUCACUAAAGCCUCUGACCUGCAUCAGGCCAUUAAGAAAAUAGGAGAAAAAGACUCUGCUGCGAUGAGAGUUACAGCGAGUGGCAGGAAAAAAAGGAUUCCUGUUCGCCUUCAUAAGUAUUGCCUAAGGCUCCAUAUGAGAGCUGAUAUUAUGGCGGCGCUCAAGUGACUGAAGCCUGAGCUCUGUGCAGUAGCAAGGCUGCUUAGAGCUUCAUCACCUUUCAUACAGAACGUAUUUUCCUUUUGAACGUCAUUCCAUCUUUGACUUUUAAAAGAUACAAGUUUUGACAUGAAUGUGCUACACGCAUUCCCUUUUUUUUUUCCUGCUGACAGAAAUGCACCUUUGUUAUUUUGUUUAGCAUAAAUAUAAUGAAAGCGGAAAAAGAGCACAACACCGAGGGUGUGUCUAAAGUAAAUGUUGGUAAAAUGGAGGGUAAAGUCAUUGCGAAUAGGCUACUUAUUUACUGGUGUUUUGUAAAAUGUAAAAAUUCUUUCCGAAUAAAUAACAUUGAUCAAAUGCUUGUUCCGUAAGGGUUAGGUUUAGUUGUUCCUUCUCUUCAUGUAGUCCCAGUCACACUGGAUGAUGGUGAGAUCAGGGCUCUGUGGGUGCCCUGCAUUCCCUUUGAGGACUUCUUGUUCUUCUUUAUGCUGAAAAUGUUUCCUAAUAACCUUGGCUGUAUGCUUAGGGUUGCAGAAUACGGUCAGGGCCAAUCAUGCGCCUCCCUGAUGGCGUUGCAUCAUGGGUAAGCAUCCGCCUGUAGUUCUCAACAUUAAUGACACCAUUAAUCCUGACCAUUGCCUGCAGACAAUAAUUGUACCGCUCUCCAGACCUUUGAUGAACAAACUGCCUUCUGCCGCAGUCAGAUAUUUCCCUUUUUGACUCUUUAGUCCACCUGCCACAAUUUUUUGCACCUCAGUUCCUAUGUUUUGUGCAUAGUUGAGUCCUUAGGCCAUGUUUCCAUGUCUGAAGUAUUGUUUUUUUUUGGCUGCAACUCUUCUGUGAAGACCACUUCUGGCCAGAUCUCUCCAUAAAGUAGCUGGGUGUUUGUGGGUUCCACCGAUUUCUGCUAACUGUGAGCUGAUGACACUGCAGGACUUCUUCUGCUUUUGAAGGGCAAUCAGUUUGAUGUGUUUUUUAUCUGUUUCUCUGCGUUUCUUUGACCGACCACUGUGUCUACAAUCCUCAACGUUGUCAGUUUAUUUGUGCCUCUUCAAAGGAGCUUAAAACGCACACUUUGAAACACCAGUCUACUUUAAAAUAUUAGUCUUGAAGAGACCUCACUGAUGCAGUAUAACUAAACUACCUUGUGUCUAGCCGCAUUGUGUGACCUGGGGGAUCAUGUCUUCCUCAGCCUCUCCUUAGAAUCAGAGGUUGGCAGCUCCUAAAGACUAGAGGUAGCAAAUAUUGAUGUGAUUUAGAUUUAGAUUUCUGUUGUGUUUCCUCAAUUUGCAUUUUGAAAAUUGGUAAAAGCAAACAAUCAACAUUUAUAUCAGGGGUGCCAACACUUUUUCAGCUUGCAAGCUGCUUAUAAACGGCAAAGCCACAAUGAUCUGCAGACCAUAACAACUGUAUGUGUACGUAUUUAUAAAUGUAUUGGGUAUUCUUUGUUGUUCUUGUUUUUUAUUCUCUCUCCCUCUGCAGCAAGUUCAGAAAAAAAUAGACAGUGAUUUGAUGGCAGUGACACACAAGGCAGAGCAUUUUCCUACUGUUGAAAAAUCCUAAAUAGAUCAGAGAAAUAAAAUGUAACUAAGCCUAAACUAUAUGAGUCUGAUAAUAAAACAAAAGAGGAAUCUAACUUUUCAUCUCUUCAAAUGCCGUAUUAAAUAACUCUCUCAAAACAAGAGGUUGGUUGCAUGACUGCAUGAAUUUAUAACUAGACAGUGCAAAUAUUCAUUUUUGUCUUUACCCUACUCUGAUAAAUUGCCCUGAAUAGAAUCAACCAGGGAUGCG